AUGCUACUUGACUGUGAUGAUAUCGACCAAUGUUGGGAAAAAUGGAAAGAUGUAUUUCUUACUACCGCUGAAAUGUUUAUCCCAAAAUGUAAGGUUAGAGAUGCAAAGGCACCAAAAUGGAUAGAUGGAGAUGUUAUCAAUCUCUCUAAGUGUAAGAACAGAAUGUGGAAAAAAGCUAAAAAAUCUAACUUAACAAGUGAUUGGGAAAAUUACAGAACUAUUCGUAAACAGCUAAAAACGUUGACUAAAAAGAAAUAUCGUGAACAUCUCGCAACUAUGCAGGAUGAGUUAAAGGAUAAUCCUAGUAAGUUUUGGUCAUUUUACAGAGCCACAACAAAAACAGCCAGGAUACCAAAAAUUGUUCAUCUCAGUGGGGAGAAAGCCUCAACGCCUUCUGCUAAAGCGGACAUGUUCAACAAAUUUUUUGCGUCCGUUUUUCAAAAAUCUGACCAUGGAGCAGAGAUAAAUCAUGAUGUGUUUCAUCCUCGAGUUGACGAAUUGCAUAAUUUACAUGUUACGGUUGAAGAUAUCUUGUCUGUUUUGAAGGCCAUUAAUCCUUCAAAAGCUAGUGGACCUGAUCAAAUUCCUGGACGGAUUUUAAAAGAAUGUGCAAAUGAGAUUGCCCCUUCACUUACACAAAUAAUAAAUCUUUCCCUUCGAAUAGGAAUGUUACCAAAGGAAUGGAAAUGGGCAAAUGUUGUGCCAGUUUUCAAAAAGGGUGAUGUUGAAAACGUGACAAAUUAUAGACCUAUCUCUUUGCUAAGUGUAGUGGAAAAA